AUGUUAUCCGCAUUCACCGCGCGGCCGCUGGUCGAGCUCAAGCCGCGCGACAAAUCCAAAAUCGACUCCGUCCUCGCAUACGGUGACCGCCUCCUGGCCGGCCUGAACAACGGCACCCUCCGCAUCUACCGCGUCACGGACGACGGCAAGACCGAGCUGCUCCGGGAACAAGAGAAAUUCGCCCGGUACAAGAUUGAGCAGCUUGCGCUCGUGAAAGAGGCCAAGGUUCUUGUCUCGUUGUCGGGCGGAUAUGUCAGUUUGCACGAUUCGCAGACGUACGAGCUGCAGGAGCAGCUUGCGGCGACGAAGGGCGCUUCCACGUUUGCGAUUACGUCUAAUGUUGUGAAUGACCCCGAUACUAAUGUGCCUGCUAUCGUGUCGCGGGUUGCGGUCGCGGUGAAGCGGAAGAUUCUGAUGUGGGUUUGGCGCGAUAUGGAGCUUGAGCCGGAUACUAUGGAGUUGAGUCUGGCUAGUGCGAUUAAGACUUUGACUUGGGUUUCUGCGACGAGGAUGGUUGUCGGACUGAGCUCGAGCUUUGUCAUGGCUGAUAUUGAGUCGGGGCAAGUUACGGAGCUGCCGGGUCCGGGCAGUACGGAAGAGGUUGGGCGGUUUACGGGUGUUGGUGCUGCGAGUAUGAGCUACAUCGGUAUGGGGGGUAUGGUGCCACGGCCACUGGCUACGAGGCUGCGGGAGGGUCAGAUCUUGCUUGCCAAGGAUAUUAAUACCCAUUUCAUCGAUGUGGAGGGGCAGGCGCUGGGCCGACGACAGAUUCCCUGGAGUCAUGCGCCGGUUGAGAUUGGGUAUUCGUAUCCAUUUUUGUUGGCUCUACAUGAUACAGCGAAGGGAGUGCUGGAGGUGCGCAAUCCGGAGACCUUGUCUUUGUUGCAAUCUAUUCCGCUGCCCUCGGCUAGUAUCCUGCAUAUACCCCAGCCGAAUAUCAGCCUCGCGCAUGCCGGCAAGGGAUUCCUUGUUGGGAGUGAUCGGACUAUCUGGCGAAUGGAGGCUUUGAGCUACGAUACGCAGAUUGACUCGCUGGUCGAAAAGGGCUAUCUAGAUGAGGCGAUCAGUCUUCUGGGCAUGCUUGAAGAUGCCCUGUUGAAGGAUAAACCUGGUCGACUACGCAAUGCACAGCUCGAGAAAGCCCAAAGCUUGUUUGCUUUGCGGAAAUAUCGCGACUCAUUGGACCUGUUUACCGAGGUUGCUGCGCCACCAGAGACGGUCAUUCGGUUGUAUCCUCGUUUGAUUGCUGGUGAACUAUCUGCCGUCCCGGAGCUGAAUGGAUCAGAGGUGAAAACCAACGGCAACGGCAAUGGUCAUGGCGAUCAGAGUGAUGGAUCGUCCGAGGCGGCACCUGAACCCGCGCCAGUGGGUCAGUCUCUCUACGCACCUUCGGUCAGGUCACUGCUUCGAAGAACUGAAGAAGGGAGUGACACGAGUAGCAUACUAGAGGAUAAAGACAAAGUCAAGGCCGACAAAGAUCUCAAAAACUCCGUCCGUGAACUCCAGGGCUACCUGGCAGAUGUACGCCGACGCUUCCAACGAUUCCUAGGCCCAGAUGGCUCCCUCAAAGCACCCUUCCCGACAGACGCUACGGACGAGGCCGGUGCCUCGGUCCUCAAGUUUCUCGACUUCCCGUCUGAAGAAGAUUUCUUGACAACUUUACGUGCCAAAGCCCGAUUGGUUGAUACAACGCUGUUUCGCGCGCACAUGUAUGCAACACCAUCGCUAGCCGGGUCCCUCUUCCGAAUCGCCAAUUUCUGUGACCCGGAGGUAGUCAUGGAACGUCUAGAAGAAACGGGCAGAUACAACGAUCUCAUCGACUUUCUCUACGGCAAAAAGCUGCACCGCCAAGCCUUGGAACUACUGCAUCGAUUCGGCCAAGAAGAAUCCGGACUACUGUCCGGUCCAACCCGCACCAUUGGCUACUUGCAGAACCUAGCUCCCGAUCAGAUCGAUCUCAUUUUGGAAUUCGCCGGCUGGCCCGUCCGCGAGAAUAACGAGCUGGGUAUGGAAAUAUUCCUGACGGAGACUGAAAACGCCGAGACUCUGCCGCGAUCACGGGUGCUGGUUUUCCUGGAGGAGAUCGAUCCUAAACUUGCCAUUCGGUACUUGGAGCAUGUCAUUAAUGAGUGGAAUGAUAUGAGCCCGGAUCUGCAUCAGAGAUUGUUGAUGCUGUAUCUUGACCGCAUUAAUGCCGAUAAGACAGAUACUGCGUGUAAGGAUAAGUUCUUGGCUAUGCUCAAGGAGAGUGAGCAGUAUUCACCGGCUAAGACUUUGGAUCGCCUGAACCGAGAGGAUCCCGAUUUCUACGAGGCGAGAGCUAUCAUCUUUAGCAAAAUGGGCCAACACCGCCAAGUGCUGGAGAUUUACGUGUUCAAGCUAGGAGACCACGAGAAAGCAGAAGAGUACUGCAACCAAGUCCAUCUUUCCGAGGGUACACCCCAGUCCGAAGAAGAGGAAGAAACCUCCAUCUACCUCACCCUCCUCUCCCUUUACCUCGCUCCACCACACGGAUACCAAGCACAGAACGGCCCAGCACUGACCAUCCUCGCCAAACACGGCUCUCGGCUACCAGCAGAAGCAGCAUUGAAACUAAUCCCCGCAACGCUGCCCGUCCGCGAUCUCGAAUUUUACUUCAAGGGCCGAAUGCGAGCAGCCAAUUCAUUUUUCAACGAGGCCCGAAUCGUGGCCAGCCUGCGCAAGGCACGCGAUAUGCAGACGCAGGCCCAGCUUGCUCUGGGCGAGGGUGUCCGUGGGGGCGGGACUCGAGCUCGCCAUGUCACCGUGACCGAGGAGCGAAUUUGUGGUGUGUGUCACAAGCGAUUGGGAGGGAGUGUGAUCAAUGUGUUUCCCGACAACACCGUUGUCCAUCUGGGCUGUGCCAAUCGCGUGGUCAGCGUCCGUUCCGGGUAG